AUGAUUUAUGUAAAUCGGAAGAAGAAACUCGGAGAAUCGGGCAACGAGGAGGAAAUAGGCGAAAAGAGAGGAGGAGAAAAAGAGGUUGGAGAUCUCAAGGAGAAAGAAGGGCCAACCCGUUUUGCACUAGUCGUUUAUUUGAAGUUCUAUGUGGCCCUCACAAUUUUCGUGUCGAAGUCAAUUGUAUGCCGGUGCUGUUGCCCGCCAUUGAUUGCCGUUCCCGGGCUCGUCUUUCUCUUCCAACGAAUCGGAAGCGAAACCUGGGCAGCUUUAUGCGGAAAUUCGGUCGAUUUCGUUGUUUUCUCAUUGUCGGCGAAUCGACUCGGACUGACGCUUUGCCCGCUCAAUCCAGCGCUGAAAUAUUAUGAAAUCGAGAAAUACGUGCGUCAAGCCGGGUGCACCCGAGUCGUCACUGAGGCUCGUUUCUGUGAAAAAGCUUUACCAAUUUUGCAGAGAAUCUUCCAGGAAACGGAGAUUUUCACUCUUGAACAACUCGGAUCAAUGGGUGAUGAGAAUGUUGAAGAAUUGACACUCAAUGGGGAAGAUUUGUCGGAUUUCGCGGCUUUUGUCUUUUUCUCUUCCGGAACUUCGGGAGCACCGAAAGCGGUCGAAUUGACGAAUCGAUCGUUGCAUGGGCUAAUCGCUCAGAUAAAAUCAAUCUCCUCAUCAUCUCAUCAAUUCCCAUUAAUUUCUCCUGAUGACAUCAUCCACGGUGUUCUUCCAUUAUUCCAUGCUGGUGGAAUGCUCACUCUGUACACAAUGUUGCUUCAAGGAGCCACUGUUGUGAUGAAUGAUCGAUUCGAGCCACAGCUUUUCUUGGCAACGAUUCAAGAGUACAAGGUCUCCGUCCUGAACAUUGUACCGCCAAUUCUCUCUCUUUUGACCUCGUGUCCACUCGUUGAUAAAUUUGAUCUCUCCACGUUGCGAAUGAUCUACGUUGGAGCCGCUCGUGUUGAACCAAAAUUGAUCGAAACGGUGAAAACGAGACUCGACCAACGGGCACUGGAAGUUGUACAACUCUACGGAAUGACCGAAGCUGGCCUGUUGAUCUUCAUGACUCCAAAAAAUAACGAGAGAAUUGAGUCCGUUGGAUUACCGCUGCCCGGCAUUGAGUUCAAAAUUCUGGAUGAUUCCGGUGAAGCAUCCAAUGAAAUUCCCGGGAAUUUGUGGCUCCGAACGCCUUGUCUACUCAAAUCGUAUCGGGGAAUCGAUUUGAAGCCGAUCAAUGCUGAUGGCUGGUUCGAUUCGGGAGAUUUGGCGCGUAUCGACUCCGAUGGUUUUGUGUAUAUUGUUGGGCGAACAAAAGAAAUGAUCAAAGUGAAGGGAUGGCAAGUUUCCCCGUACGAGCUUGAGGAAGCGAUCAAACUCAAUGUGAAGGGUGUGGAAGAUUGUGCAGUCAUCGGAAUCGAGUGUGUGGAAAGGGUACAAAAGGAGAGUGAAUCAUCCUCGAUUUCCGGCGUCCGACCAUUCGCUUUCGUCGUCGGCGAGAGCUGUGACACGAAUGAGGUGUUGAGAUUUGUGGCAGAAAAUUUCGUUUCGUACAAACAUUUGGCCGGGGUUUCAUUGAUUGAAGCAUUGCCGAGGACAGCUUCCGGAAAAUUGACUCGUCAUCAAUUAGAAGAGAUUCAUAAAAUAACCACCAUA